CUAGAAUGUGUACACAAGUGCAUAGUGACCUUGAAAUUUAUAAUAUUAAAGAAAAAAAUUGCUAUGCAUUUUAUAUAUUCAUUUUAUUUUCAAAGUAUAAUCUGAAUCAUACGUGUGUGCACGCAUGCACUUUCUUGAAUAUAUAUAUAUAUAUAUAUAUGCAUAUAUAUAUAAUGUAUGUAUGUAUGUGUGUACGAUGAAAGAACUUAUAAAGACGUUAUCACUGAUUUUUACUAUAACUUUCCUUUGUUUUAAUUUUAAAAUAGAAAGAAAAGAGAGAGUAUUCACUAAUGAUUUAUAUUGAAAAAUUUCAGUAAAUACAAUAAAAGAUUUUAUAAAAAAACAAACAAUAAAUGGAGCAAUUAAUCGAAUUAUUUUUUGAAUUGGAUAAAGAUAACAAUGAAAUUGUUGAUAAACAAGAACUUAUCAAUUAUUGUCAAGAGAAUAAAUUGGAUAUGGAAAUGGUUAAUAGAUGGUUGUCAAGAUGUGAUACUGAUAAAAAUAACAAAAUCACAUUCGAUGAAUUUUGUCGAGGAUUCGGUAUUAAACUAAAUGAAAUGCGUGUAGAAAAAAUCGAAAGAGCUUUAACAUGGGAUAACGUCACACCAGUUAAACCAUCCAAUAUUAAUAUUAUUAAAUCGGCAAUGUCGGAAACGAAACAAGCGAAAGUCAUUGAAACAUUUCAGAAAUUGAUGCAACAAUAUGGAGCUGAUGAAAAGAAUCUAGAUAAAGUCUCAUCAGAGCUAAAGAAAUUUUUAGAAGAAACUUAUGGUAAUGUAUGGCAUGUGAUUAUAAUGAAUGGAUCGUUCUGGAUGAGUUACUCUCAUGAACCAUUUUGUUCAUUACAAUUUAAAAUGAAUAGACAUUCAUGUAGUGUAUGGCGUACACCAUCUGGGCAAAGAUAUAGCUCUUAAAUUGACGAAAUUAUUAACUUUUACUUACAACUACUAUUAUUACUGUUAUCAUCCGAACAAACUUUUAUACAUUACAAUCCCUUAUGCUACAUAAUAAGCUUUACUCACUUCUUAAAUGUGUAUAUUUCUUAACAUGAACACUGAUUGUACUAAUAUAUUCAACAUUAAGCUGAGUUUGUUUUUAAUGAAUCAGUUGUAACUGAUUUGAGUUAUUAUAGAAUUUUAUCAAAGCCUACACUAAGAUUAUGUUUCCCAAAUCAGUAUUUUUGCUAAGAACUAUUAGAUUUCUGUGUUCAACAAAACCGACUGUUCAUUAUGAUAAUGAUUUUGAGUACACAGAAUAGUUAUA